GCCAAAGAGCGUACAAACUCGAGCAUUGUUUGUCAAUUGUCGAGCAUUAGGCGAAAAGUGGUAAGCAACGAGGAUGCGGGUCGAAAGACGAAAGAGGGAAGGAGAUAGGUAAAGGAAAGGACGAUUAAGAGCGGUAAAGAGCGAUUCGGGCACAGCGGGCCGGUGCCUCGGCGAAGAAACACGGUUUAGUCGACGAGCAUGAUUUCCAUCAGCGGAAGCGUUCGCCUGCUGCUCCUGCUCUUGACGACCACCAUCGAGGCUAAAUCGCGGACGGAAACGUCUCGCGAUUGCGCGUCUUCCGAUUCGAAUUCGAAACGAUCGGGCGCAAUCGAAGGCGCCGCGUUCCCUGCGUCGAUCCUCGAGGAACUCGAGAGCCGUUUGUCUCGUCUCGAGAGAAGACUCAGGGCGAUUGAGCAACCCGUUUGGCAGAUGGGCUCCGCCGAAGAGGACUGGGAGAUAUGCGCGGAAGGGCCGUGCAAGUGUCAGCCGGAAACGAAAUCGAUAUCCUGCUGGAGGCAAGAUUUGCUGGACCUUCCUGCGGCCCAGCUCGUUCCCAGAGACGUCUUGAAAUUGGAUCUAGGAGGAAAUCGGUUGACGGCGCUUCACAAGGACACGUUUCUAGACAUGACGCGAUUGAAUCAUCUAGAUCUCAGCGACAAUUCGAUCGAACAUCUGCCUUUGAACUUGUUCUUCUCGCUGCACGCGGUCACGCAUGUCAGGUUGAGCAAAAACCUGCUCAGAGAGUUGCAUCGCUCUCAGUUUUUCAUCACGAGAAAUCUUCGCAUCCUCGACGCGUCGUCGAACAGGUUGCGAACACUGCCGGACAGUCUGUUCCUCAGCACCACCUCGUUGGUGUUGCUCGAUCUUUCUUGCAAUCGGAUCUCGAGCUUGUCACCAGGUACCUUCCGAGGUCUGACCGCCCUCGAAGAAUUGUUACUAGGAAAGAAUCGACUGUCGAGCAUAUCAGCGGACAUGUUCAGCGACCUGACGAGCCUCAAGUACCUCGGUCUGGAAGAGAAUCGUCUGAGGGAAUUGCCGGACGGAUUGUUUAACGCGCAAACGUCGCUUCGCGAGUUGAACGCGAGAGGCAAUCAGUUGACCGAGAUAUCUGAAAGUCUGUUGAAUCCCCUCGAACAAUUGCGCUCUCUCGAGAUGUCCAACAACAAAAUAGCUCGGAUCGAUCCGAAAGCGUUUGGAGGACUGGUCGCGUUGAAGGAGCUGCAACUGGGACACAAUCGGAUAGGAAACUUGACGCCUGGAAUGUUUUCGACGUCGAGUAGCUUGGAACGAUUGGUAUUGUACGCGAACGGCAUCGAGAGUUUGUCGCGAGGCGCGUUUCGCGGCCUCUCCAACCUGACGUCCCUGUUUUUACACUCGAAUCGCUUGAGAAUAAUGCACCCCGAGUUGUUUCAGGACACGCCGAACCUGCGGAAACUGCAGCUGGAAUCGAAUUACCUGACGUCGUUGCCGGCUCGGAUUCUGGACCCGGUGCCACACAUCGAGCAGCUUCGUCUGGCUCGAAAUCCCUGGCAUUGCGACUGCGCGACCGCUUACCUAGCCGUGUGGUUGCAAAAGAGGUACCUGGCUCGGCUAAACGAAACCGACUCGACCAGGCCGAAGGAUAAUUUCGAAAUUUGGGAAUUUGGCUCCGGAGCGAUCUGCAGGGGUCCCGGCACCCUGGGUGGCAAGCUGUUGUUGCGUUUGACGUUUCACGAACUUUGCGAGGGUCAAUGGGCCUCGAUGAGAGGGCUGGUCCCUCGGCUGCCAGUCGAGCUGGUCGUUACUGGCGGUCGCGUCACCACGGACGCCCCGUCCUCGAAACAGCCCGUCUCGGUCAAACGUCGGUGAACCGGAUAGGGGAAGGCUAUCGCGCGGGUACACACUGUUAUCGAAAAUCAAACUCCUCGAAGAAUAUAGCAACUUCG